UCGAUUGACGCAAGCAGCUCAAACGCAAACCGAUUAUAUGGUUAUGACCAACACCCUUACUCACGAUAACCCUGCCGGUGAUAUAGGGCAACGUGUUCGAAACACCGGGUACGUUUAUAGUAACGUUGCUGAAAAUGUCGCUGAAGGAUAUGGUACAAAUGAGGAAGUGCGUGUCAUGCAAGGUUGGAUGAAUUCCACCAUACAUCGGGAUAAUAUUCUUAAUCCAGUAUUUGUUCAUUUGGGAGCCGCAUUUGGUAGUGAAACUUAUUGGACUCAAGUUUUUUCUAGUCCACUUGAACAAACCGGAGAUUUUGCUUGA